AUGGCAAACAGACGCUUAAGAAGCAUAGAUCACUCGAACCAAGCAAAGCUACCAUCGAUCAUGAGAAAAAGCACUACUUCCUACAGUCCAGUAGACACUGCAGAUAAGGACAUAACGCUGCAUUUUCCAACUUUUCAAAGAUUUGAAACCAACCACUCAAGACGUAUUAAGGCACCACUAUCUUUCCCCGCGGAGAAAGAGUUAAAUCAAUACUUUUGUUUGGCAUUCGACAAUGAACUUCCACCAAUUCCCCAAACUGGGAAAAAGUCCGGAAUAUCAUUUAAGAAAGUUAGCGGGGACCAAGAGAGGAAAAGUAAUGACAAGCUAGAUAAUAAGCAGAUGCAUAGGUCGCUGUAUAGACAGGAAAAAGAAGCUACCACUUCAACAAGGCCCCAGAAAGCUCCUCGAAAUUCCAUCCAUUUACUUCAGCGACGUGUCAAUCCUGGCCGAACGUACCAACAAAACAAUGACCGCAUAUCUUAUGAAGAGCUCCUUACUUUUGAUCAAAAUAUAGAUCAGCUACGCGCAUUUACAGAGAGAGAUGUCAAGUGGAGCAAUAUGAAGGAUUUUAGUGGCAAAGUAAUCGACCCGAAAACGACGGGGAACGGUGAUAUUACAUUAUACGUCGAGCGGUUUGAAGAAGAUGUGAAGAAGAGAAAUUCCGUUGAUCACGAUAGACGGCUGUCUUUAAAGAAAGAAACAAAGGUUCGUGUUCAAGGCCGAUUUUAUGAGGCAUUGGAUCUUCACUUUUAUCACUGCUACAGGAACACUCAUCCUGAGAGAAGAAUGGCUAUUUGCGAAGAAAUUGAACGAAAGAUUGUAAUUGACGACGUUACACUGACUCGUUUCAGAGAACACCUAAGUUUAGAAGAAAUAUUGAACACGUGGGUUGUGUGA